AUGACGAGUACUCUCAAUUCAUACCGAAAUCACGCGACUUUUGUCUUCAGACUACCGAACGAGCUACUCGCGUUGGUGUUUGAACAUUGCGUUGAUGCAUACACUGGCCAUACGUUCUCGAAAAACGCGAUCCCUUGGGUCUUGGCACGAACAUGCCGUCGAUGGCGACAUGUUGUCCUCCGUGCACCGUCGCUCUGGAAUCUGAUGCAUAUCAACACUCGUUGCCUCCCCCGAAAUCCAAUACAGAUGAUGAAUUCAUGGUUGGAGAGGUCACAAACGCUGUCACUAUCGUGCACUAUUUGGAUCGAGGCUCCCCCCUCUGAAGCGGAUGCAGAAAAGCAGUUAUUCCUGCAGAUUCUGGUCCACUCUCAUCGUUGGCGUCAUUUAGCCUUUGAACUAAGGUCUCGCUGCGACCUGUAUCACCAAUUUGCCACUUCAAAGUGUCUCUUUUUCUCCAAUUUACGAUCUCUUCAAAUAUAUGCGGAUGCCUCUUCUUCCUAUGAUAUUGCGAUAGCUCCUCCUGUCUUGAAUCUGUCGGCUCCCUCUUUAUCCAGUGCAUCAUUUCUGCUGUUCAUUCCUGACGUCAAUUGGCAAAUUACCUCCCUUCCGUGGUCUCAACUCACAGACUUGGAAAUAUCCCUUGUUACGUCGGAAAAUUUUCUCGAGAUUGUGAACAUUCUGACAGUCCUCCAACAUUGCCACCUGUCGACAAGCUCAGAGUUUAUCCUUGACCCUCAGAUGGUGGUGUUUCCACCUUCGUUACGAUACUUGGAGAUUUUGGGACCACUUUCCAAUAUGAUCAACCUUCUUUAUCACAUCUCUACCCCAUCGCUACUUCACCUUUCCCUCUCUCCACCGGAUGCCAGCACGGUACCAUCGGGUGCGGCUCGUAGGCUACUACAAUCGGUUGUUAGUUUUCAAACACGAAGUCAAUGUCGGCUUCGACAGUUGCGUGUGCCGAUCACCUUCUUUUGUUCCCCGGUGCCACGACCCUUCGAAUGCCUGUCUUCAGUGCAGGAGUUGCACGUCUGUUUGGAGAUAGAGAACAACCACCAUUUAUUCAUUCUAAAUCUCCGAAACAUCAAACUACUUCCACAGUUGAAGCAACUACAUGUAAUCGCCUCCUACGAUAGCAUGGAGACCUUCCAUUACUUUAUUUCGCCGUUUUUGGAUAUGGUGGAGCUCCGGCGACGUUCAGCGUACUACUCCCGCUCGAGGCAGUCCUUUGCCAUGUUGGAGUCCAUAGAGAUCGACAUGAUCAAGCGAGAUGGUCGCCCGAAAGUGCCAAUAUCCAUAAACCACACGAUAUCCGAGCGCCUUGCACGAUUACAGAGAGACGGUUUAAUCUUACUUGGAAGCGUGCGUGAUGAAAAACUGCAUCCAUUUCAUGCUUCCUUGAACUAUUGGGAUAUCGAGAAACAUGAAAAGCGGUGGUCUCAGGGCUUGGGUGGAGUGAUUGGUUGGUAG